CGUCCUGGUCAGGAGAAGGUGCUCCGUGCGGCCCGGUGCGGGGGCUGCAGGCGGCGGGAGGGGAAUGCACCUUUGUGAUGUUCACGGUAAACUUGAGGCUACUAAUAGUAGUUCGCACAGUUAUUCUGAGAAUUAGAUAAGGUGUCAUCUGCAAAACAUUUUGUCAAAUGCUUGUAGUCACUCUGUACGCUGCUAUGAAAAGACGCGUUGUUCCCUUUCUUUAUUUCAUUUAACCCUCACAACAAUCCUGCUUGUCGAUAUAAACAUGCCAUUUUCCAAAGUGAAAGGACGAUCCUGGCGUGGAAUGAAAUACCCCAAGGGCACAAGCUGGUAGGUGAAGAGGUAGGACACAAAUACAGAUUUUACUCCCCAUCUCUCGCUCUUCCUAAUGUCCUCCCUGCUCCAAACCCAGAGUUGCAACCCUUGGAUCACUUAGCAGAGUAGCCUGUCCUCAAAUUCCCGGAGAGAUGAUUGCGAAGUACCGGUAAAUGCGGACAGAAGCUUAACGGCUUGGUAAACAUAUCCUGGGAAGUGUGGGGUUUCUCCAGAGACUCUGGGUCAGACUGUGAUUCCCUUCCACCUUCCUGCACUGUCCAGGCUGUCUCCAUCCGCAAAGGCCCAGUCUGACAAACUAAUGCAGUGCUGGCCGGUAGGAAGGUAAUGCAAAUAUAAUAUAAAAAUAUAAUUAAAAUGUUCAGUAGCAACAGUAAAAAGAAAAGGAGGUGAAGCUAAUUUUGCUGGUGCAUUUAAUUCACUACGUUCAAAAUACUAUUUUGACUCGUGGCAGCAGCCACCCUUCCGAUGGAGCAGCUGCAUGCAGGGAAUGGGUAUAGUGCUGGAUAGUCCAUUUCUCGUGAAGUCCAAAGGGUCAGGUUUAGAGUGUUACAUGAAGGUUUCAGUUGAAGUGAAUUUGUUUCUCAGUCUCAGGUCCCAGCCCUUCUGGCGCAAAGUAACUUAACUCAGGAAAGAGGGAGGAGCCCCAGGAACAACUGCCACUUGGGGGAACAGCUCUUCUGACAGACUCCUCACCAGAGCUUUAGAGUAGAGGCAGAAGUGUCUAGAAGGAGCAGGUCCCGAUUUGCUCCAUCAGAAGCAGUUCUUGAUCCUGGGAUAGCCUGAGUCAGACUCGGGAAAUGUCAUUACACCCAGAAGCCAUCACAGACUGUGUGACGGUAGAUACUGUGGACCAACUUGCAGAAGGUGGUAUGUGAGAUUGAGAGGGAUGGGUGACUGUCAGGCUGCACAGGAAAAGGCACUUGACUGGAUGGCUGGUGAGGACUGAUGUCCAGGGAAGGUGUAAGCAGCCAGAGCUGAAGAAACCCUAAACAGCACCUUGUUUCCUUUGUUCUGCCCUCACCCUUUCCAGAUUCUAAGCUGCUUUCACACCAUCUCCAUCACCUCAUGUGGUAUCUAGAGUUACACUUGUGCUCCCUGUUUUCUGGACAUGGAGUUAACAGAAUGAGAGUAGAAGAAAGGUUUUCUGUAUUGGACACAUACGAAAGCCCAUAAAUAUUAGACCUAGAAAUGAAUGAUUGUUGUAGAGUCACCCCGGGCAGAACCCAGCAAGCAGCACAGGGCUGUUUACUCUCACAGUGGAACCUUCACAGUUGUUUACCUUAUUCCAGGAGCAGCAGAAAAUGAACAUAGCUCAGGGAUCCAUAUCAUUCAAAGACGUGACUGUGGAGUUCAGCCAGGAGGAGUGGCAGCACCUGGGCUCUGCUCAGAGGGCCCUCUACAGAGAUGUGAUGCUGGAGAACUAUAGCCACCUGGUCUCCGUGGGGUAUUGCAUUACCAAACCCCAGGUGAUCUUCAAGUUGGAGCGAGGGGAAGAGCCCUGGUCCUUAGAGGAAGAAUUCCUAAACCAGAGGUACCCAGGAUACUACCAAGUUGAUGUCCACAUUGAGGGGAACCAGGAAAAACAAAUGAACCCUCCAUGGCAAUUAAUAAUCACUGAUAACAAAACACUGAGUAAAGAAGGGCAAAAAGUUUUAGGGAAACAAAUUAAUCUGGCUGUAACUCCAGAUUUUUCAGAAAAAAUGCCCUGUAAAUGUGACUUUUGUAGAAUGAGUUUGCCACUUGUUUCUGAAUUAAUUGUUAGUGAUAGAAACUGUUCAAGAAAGAAGACUGACUACAUGAAUGUAUGUGAAAAGUUGCAGCUUGAUAUUAAACAUGAACAAAUUCAUGCUGGAGAGCAGUCUUUCAAAUAUAAUAAAAAUGUGCAACCUCUCAGUCAUAAGAAAAGUCAUCAGAAAUUUCAAACUCUGGAGCAGUGUUUUGAAUAUAAUGAACUUGGAGAAGUUUUACAUGAUGAGACUGUUGUCCCUGUCACAGCUCAGAGCUGUCUAACAGGAGAGGAACCCUGUCAGGAUGAUGAAUUUCGGAAAAAUUGUGAUAAAGCAACUGUAUUUAACAUGAGAGCUGGUACAAGAGAGAAAUGCUUUGAUAUCAAUGAAUAUGGGAGAUCUUGUGACAAAACCACCAUUGUGGGAUACAGUAUAGUUCACAGGGCUAUGACAAACUAUGAAUGUAAUGAAAAUGAAAAUAACUUCAACAGGAAUUCACCCAACACUCAACCUCAGCAAACUGUCACAAGACACGGUGCUUUUGAAAGCAGUAAAUGUGAAGAAAACUUAAGCCAGAGCUCAGCCCAUCUAGUACAUCAGAAGACACAAACUGGAGAUAAGUUCUGUGUUUUUGAUGGACGUACAAAUGCUUUCUGCCAGGAAUUAGACCUUACAAUACAUCAGCGAACUCAGACAGAAGAGAAAUUCUAUGAGUGUGGUAAAUAUGGGGAAUGCUUGUAUCAAAACUCACUUCUCAGUGUACAUAAGGAAAGUGACACAGGAGAGAAGUCAUUUGAAAGUAAUGAAUGCAGGAAAUCCUUUAAUGAGAAAGCAUACAUCAUUCAGCAUGAGAGGACCCACUCAGGGGAGAAAACGUAUGAAUGUGAGGAAAGCAGGAAAUCCUUUUGUUCCAAUUCACACACUAUUCAUUAUCCUGCUACUCAUAUGGGGGUCAGUCACUGUGAAUGUAAUGAAUGUAGGAAAACUUCCUGUCAGACGUCAAAUCUCAGUGAACAUCUGACAGUUCACACAAAGAAGAAACCUUAUGAUAACAAUGGAUGUGAGAAGUCUUACAAGAAACCUGCCCUCUUUGAACAUCAGAGAAUACACAAAGAGAUGAAGCGCUAUCAAAGUAAUAAAUCUGGAAAAUCAUUCUUCAAGAUGGAACAGCUCAAAGAACAUCAGAGAAUUCACACAGAAGAGAAAAUCUAUGAAUGUAAUGAAUGUGGGAAAACUUUCUCCAAGACGUCACAUCUUGGAGCACAUCAGAGAAUUCAUACAGGGGAGAAACGCUAUGCAUGUAAUGAAUGUGGGAAAACUUUCUCUCACAAGACACACCUCAGUGCACAUCAGAGAAUUCAUACAGGGGAGAAACCCUAUGAAUGUACUGAAUGUGGGAAAACUUUCUCCCAGAGGACACACUUGUGUACACAUCAGAGAAUUCACACAGGAGAAAAACCCUAUGGAUGUAAUGAAUGUGGGAAAACUUUUUCCCAGAAGACACACCUCAGUACACAUCAGAGAAUUCAUACAGGUGAAAUACCCUAUGCAUGUAGUGAAUGUGGGAAAACCUUCUCCCAGAAAUCAUACCUCAGUGGACAUGAGAGAAUUCACAAAGGGGAAAAACCUUAUGAAUGUCAUGAAUGUGGGAAAACCUUUGUCUAUAAAGCAGCCCUUAUAGUCCAUCAAAGAACUCACACAGGCGAGAAACCCUAUGGAUGUAAUGAAUGUGGGAAAUCUUUCUCCCAGAAGUCAUAUGUCAGUGCACAUCAGAGAAUACAUACAGGGGAGAAACCCUAUGUAUGUAGUAUGUGUGGGAAAGCUUUUGCCCAUAAUUCAACUCUGAGAGUACACCAGAGAAUUCACACAGGUGUAAAAUCCUAUCAAUGUAAUGAAUGUGGGAAAACUUUCUCCCAAAAAUCACACCUAUGUGCACAUCAGAGAAUUCACCCAGGGGAGAAACCUUAUGGAUAUAACGAGUGUGGGAAGACUUUCUACAAGACAUCAAACCUUAGAGCACAUCUGAGGACACGCACAGGGGAGAAACCCUAUGAGUGUAGUAUAUGUGGGAAAUUUUUUGCCCGUAAUUCAAACCUCAGAGUACAUCAGAGAAUUCACACAGGAGCAAAACCCUAUGAAUGUAAUGAAUGUGGGAAAACUUUCUCCCAAAGGACACACCUGUGUGCACAUCAGAGAAUUCACACAGGAGAGAAACCCUAUGGAUGUAAUGAAUGUGGGAAAGCUUUUGCUCAAAAUUCAACUCUUAGAGUACACCAGAGAAUUCAUACAGGGGAGAAACCCUAUGAAUGUAAUGAAUGUGGGAAAACUUUUGUUCGUAAGACAGCUCUUAGAGUACAUCACAACAGAAUGCACACCAAAGAGAAAAAAUAAUAAAUCUGGGAUAUCUUAAAGAAACUCAUAUAACACAGUGGAGAAACUCUUGCCAUAUAGACUGGCAAAUUAUUUAAAUAUUUUUUUUGUGCUAGGCACAUAGCUUGUCUAAAUUUCCCAGCCCAAGGUGGGUCUAGUCAUGGAAUAUGAUGCUAUUACAUUUAAGCUAAAUCUGGCCUUAAAAAGUCACCUUAUAUUGUUUGUAUCUGUGUUAUACUGGAAUCGAGAAAUUUCCAUGGCAGACUUGGGUGCUGCUUUAAAAAGCUAGAGUCUGAAUAAUUGGGUGAAACAGAAUUCCCCACUAACUGAUAUUCACCAGUUUUUUGUGUUUUAAGCAAGACUUAGGUUUUAUGCUGUUGAGCUCUUAACAGAUUUCAGUCUGUUGGUUAAAUGCAUAUAGUAUAGGUACCUCUUUUAGAAUGGGAUGAAGUGCUAUAAAUAUAAUAGAAGACCUAUCAGGAUUCAGCCUAUCAUUAUACAUCAGAGACUUUACAUGAGGAAGAAAAUGUCUGUCAAUGUCCUGAAUAAUCAGAAGACCAUUAAAAAUCAGAAAAAUCUCGAGGAAAAACACAAAAGCCUUUACCCCCAAGUGAAUUUUACUAAACAUGAAAUAAUUAACAGGCUAAAAACUUGUGUUUUGAUAACUGUAAUUUUCGAACAUAUAUUGAGUUUGCAUCAGAUAAUUUUUCUCUGAGGAAAUGUAUCAGUUUCAGAAUUGAAGAUAAAUUCUUCACCUAGAACUGAUGUACCAAAACUUGUGAUUUAUAUGUAAUAUUAAGUUUGUAGAAAAUAUUUACCUAUGCAUAAACACUAUGGAAUGUGAAGUUUUAAAGAUGGAAGAAUAACAUCAACUCUGUGUACAACACCAAUAAAUGUUUGUGUCUAGUCUCUGA